CACCGUCAAACAGCUGCCACUCCGUCUGCGCAUGCUCGCCGUCAGAUAUGAAUAUCAGAGGGUAGAAAGGUGAGGAAGACAAUAAUAUGAGAGCUCAGAGUCUGGAUAUAAACAGAUACAAGAAACACACAAGCGCUUUUUCACUCUUUGACGGUUCCAGGAAAGUUAAAGUCGUCAGUUCUAACCUCGUCUAAGCUCAGGUUGUCGUUAAUAUUUAGUUUGUAAACUUAUUUCUGUCCACGUUGCUCCAAGUGUUGUUGGUGUUAUUGACACAACUUUGUCACGUUGUCGUCGCGUUUUUCCAGCGUCCAUGGAGCUUUUAACGAGCGGAGACGGUGUUUUUAACCAAUGAAAUGGGAUUUACCGGCACGAGGAAGGUGUCGUGGGAUUGUACAUCUGUUUCACCAGUGGGAGAGUCCACGUCUUGAACCUGUUCGGACACUUUUAUGAGUUUAUUCUUGUCUUUUCCAUGGAGUCUGUUGGGAAGUUUGAGUUCAACAGGAAAGACCUGAUUGGUCACGGUGCCUUUGCUGUUGUGUUCAGAGGCCGACAUAAAGAGGUAACUUUACACCUGAGUAUUAUUAUUAUUAUUACAGCCUAAUUAGUUAUUGUUGUCUAUUUAUAUUUUGCUUUUUAACACUUCAUUUGUAGAAACGUGACUGGGAAGUUGCUGUGAAGUGCAUCAACAAGAAAAACUUGGCCAAAUCACAGUCUCUGCUUGGCAAAGAAAUCAAAAUAUUAAAGGUAAGAUGUUCACUUUUAUUGUUGGUGUACAUUUUAAUGAGAUUUUGUGUGUUUAGAUUUAACCAAGAUGUUUUCUCCUCCUUCUCCAGGAACUUAAACAUGAAAACAUUGUCAGACUGCUCGAUUAUCAGGUAAAUAUGGCCUUAUUUCUCCUCAUAUUAGUCAAAUAUUGUCACUCAGUGUUGUAGGCUUUUCUGCACAUGUUGCAGAUGUUUACAUAUUGUUGCAACAUCAGGCCUCAUUGGUCCAUGUAAUAGAGAGGCCGGAUGUUGUAGUUCUUUUACAGAGCUCAAGAACUCAGUGACCGCAGUGAAAAUUCUUGUUUUUAUGUAAAUAUUGUAAAAAUUAGGCGGUAGGCCAGACUCAGACAUGUUCUGGUUCUUUUGAUCGAUUGAUUGAAGUUUAUUUCGCAAAUGCAAACCAAAAAUAUAUAAAAUAAACCAAGAAAAGUAAGUCAAAACAUUAACAUAUUAAACGUAAAACAUAGAAAUAGAAUAACUUAUGAACUCCUACCUCUUCCCUUUAAAUAAGAAGUACCCACACUAAGCUUCCUUGCAACAUGUUUAGAUGUACCUGAUACUUAUAGAUAAAUAAAGUACGUUCAUGACUUUGUAUUAAAAAACUAAAUCUACAUCCACUUAAUACAGCUACACACAUUAAAAACAACAAAACUAAAUAAAACAACAAUAACCUCAUAACACUUAAUGCUACCCAACACCUUCCUCAUCCCUGUACCUCUUAAAAAUCAUGUCUUUAAACCUCAUUUUAAACUGUAUAAUCAUGUUUGAACAUUGCUUUAACUCCCUGGAAAACCUUUGUCUGAAUCAAAGUUAGAUUUUAGGGAGUUUACUGUAUGCAAAUAGUCGAUUUAAACUCAUAUGCGGGUCACACAUAGCAGAGGACAUCAACCAUUUGCUUGUAUGUCAGUAUGCGUGAUUGUGUGGGUGCCUUCCUGUUCUCACCUUACCAACACCUGCCAGAUAUCCAGACGGGGAGGGGUGAGCUGAUCUCUCACUGUAUGUCUAACAGAUGGCAGGGAGCAGCAGGUUCAACAAUGGCUUAAUAGACACACAGUCUCUACAGACACACAGCAGCUUGCGAGGCUAAUGAACUGAAAUGAUACACUCCGGGUCAAACUGUAGCAGCCUUUAAACACUGUCAUGUGUUUAUCCGCGGAAAUGGUACUCUCACGAUCUGUAAUAGUGAUAUAUUCUUCAUCAUAACAGCCAAAGGGUGUCAUUAAUUCAGCCCCACAUGUGGCAUUAACAGACCCUGUUGCUCAACUGUAUUAUGCAAAAUAAAAACAUGAGGGAACUCGCCCCCGCACUUAUUUAAUUCAUUUCAAAUCAGAUGGGACUGUGUGACAUGCUGAAUUUCCCACCCUUAAGCCCACCUAAGCUCAGUGGCCUUUUUGAUAUCAGUGAUGUCAAACGGAGAGGGAUGAUCUUGGAUGGUCCAGCGGGGCCAUAGCUGUACAGGGGUCAUAACAGGGUAAAGUUUCAGACCCCAGAGCUAGCCAUUCAAAUUUUCUAGAAGCGCCUCUGGUGACGGGCCAAAAGAGACUGAACUCAGUCUAAGAAAAGAGCAGGUGACGCUUGUUGUGUAACUUUUGGAGCAGCUGCUGAAGCCCAAAGGGGUUGAUGGUAGAAGUCGCAGUUAUCGACAUGUUUUCACUCGAAAUAAACGUGAUCUGUUUAAAAAAGAAAUGGUAAUAUGGAUGUAAUGUGCUUUCUUUGACAGGAAAUUGGAGGAUGUGUGUAUCUCGUCAUGGAGGUAUGUAGUAAAGUACAGAUCCAUUUAGCAGCGAUGUAACCUUACAGCAUCUAUUUAACAUGUCUCUCUCUUGUCUUUUUUAUAGUAUUGCAAUGGCGGCGACUUAGCAGAGUAUCUUCACUGUAAGUUUUUACCCUCCUGCAGAUGUGAUUGUUUCUCAUGUCUCUCUGUUUUCAACAAUAAAAGGAUAUUUCCAGCUCUCCACAUAACUGCUGUUAACCAAACUGACAGCUUGUUUAUUAAAGCCCAUGUGAGCGGUUUUUAGCUGGUUAUGAAACAGACUGAAAUUGAUACUGGUGCCUCUGUGUGAGCUUCAGUAGCAAACGAGACGAUCAGGAACAAGGCGAAGUGUUUCCUCAGAGAUAUUUCCAAAUCUGGAAACUGCUGUCAGACGAAGCGGUUAUCUAAACUGCUUUUUUAAAGUAAAGAUUCAUAUCAAGCGACGUGUUAAACCUCAGAAAAACUGAACUCUGCACAAGUAAAGGACAAUAUGGAGAUAAGAUGUACUACUUUUUCCACAGGGGGCGCCAAAAUCAACACAAACCAUCAGUCCCCCACAGGAGCUUUAAAUGGAAAUGAGACUGGAGCAGCUUACUUCUGUACUGGAGGGUCAGUUUGGUGAAUAAGAGGGUUGUAUUGGCUAAGACAAAUUAGUGUUUGAAGGAAUUAUAGCAUUAUGGCAGAUCAAACAGGACAGAGUGUUUGCAAUCAUUAAUACUUUGAAGAACUCGAACCCAUUUAUAUAGUUAAAGGGACAGUUCUCCAUGUUUUUGAUGUGGGGUUAUACAAGGUAAUAGUAAGUGGUUAAUAGUGUAUUACAAACAGUAGGUCAGCUCAGCCCUCAUUAUAGAGGUAAAUUUAUUAUGUAGAUCUGUUUAAGAUAUAAUACUAUGACAUAGUAUAAUAUAAUACAGUAUAAUAUCAUAUAAUAUAAUAUAUAAUAUACUAUGAUACAAUAUAAUAUAAUGUUAUAGUAUAAUAUGUUAUAAUAUUAUAUAGUAUAGAAUAAUAUAACAUAAUAUCAUAUAAGUAGCCACAGUACGUCACCUCAGCCCCCAUAGAGAGGCAAAUUCACCAUGUAGAUGUGCUAAUUUUAAGACAGUCAAACCAAAAUAUAAUAUAAAAUAAGAUAAUAUAGUCAUACUAAUAUAAUACUAAUAUAUGUGUAUGACAGUGGUCGGCCAAUAUCAGUUUAUCGAUUGCUAAUAUAUAAUGCCGAUUAAUAUAUUUGAUGAAACGCUAAAAUUUAAAACACGACUAAAGUUCUUGUGGGGAAUUUUUUGUUCGUGUCACUUUGGCGCCCCCUGUGGACAAAGCUGUCUUCACUUAUCUUGUCUUCUACAUGCUAAAUUGUGUUGCAGGAUUAAAAAGUUAUAUUCUACUAACUUUUAACUGACUACUAACUGAUGGUGUGCUGUAUCAGAAUAUAUUCUGUGGAAGAAUCAAAGCAGGUCUGUUUCUUCAGCUGAGACUUACCCUGUUGAACCAGUUUGGAGCAUUAAUAAUAACCAUAAAAACCGUCAGUCUCAUCACUGUUGGUCCUGUUUGAUUUUGUAUUUCAUAAAAAAGCAUCAUGUUGAAUAUUCAAAACUGCUGAACUUGAUUGACAUUAUGAUGAGAUAAAAAAAAGAGGACAUGGAUAAUCAUAAUAGAGUUAAUGUGUAGUAAUCUUAGCCAGGCAGUAACAUGUUCUCGUUUGACUCUGAAUUAACAAUAAAAGACAAAAACAUUGAGUUGAUGAAGCAGAAGAGGCCUCGCAGGUGAUUCUUCUGGGUCUAAAUUUACUCCAUCGGUGUCUAAGUGUCUAUUUAAACUCCGAUGUGGAACGUCGCUCUAAUUCUGCCAACAUGCCGGCAGGCAGCGUCUCUGGCCCAUCCUGUGCCCCUGCCAAGGAGGCUCAUUGCAGCUUUCUUGCAGCGCAGCUCGCAGUCACACUUGGCAAGGUUCACAAAGCACCCACAUGACCUCGCCCAUCUGUCACUCACUUAUCCCCUGUCCUCCUGUGGAAAAACACUGAAGCUAUAAAUACUGGGUGUACUGCAAGGUUGGGAUGGGGGUUGGAGGGGCGGGGGUGCUAGCAUGUCAGACAGCUUUGUCAAUAAUUUCUAAAUGAAGCCAGGUCGUAAACAACAUUUUCUUCCACGAAGUAUGACAGCAGUGACACUGAGAUGAUCAGACUUGUGCGUGAUUACCUGACAUCACUUAAGAGUAAAAACUAAGUGAAUCAGUUUAAGGUCACAUCUGUGUCUGAGGAGGAUUCAGCUUUUGAAAGUCUUAAUAAAGUCAGCCCUAAAAGCUGUCAGCUGAUAGUGAUAAAGCCUCUGGGAUCAACAGACACCUUCUCACGUGAGAGGAGCAGGUUUUUGUUUAUAGAGAUUCAAUGAAGAUAAAUUAACUGGUUUCAGGGGAUUUAAUCACAGACAGAAACCAGAAUUCUUGAAGAUUGACCUGCUUACCUUUUCACCAGAUCUGCUUCUUAACCUGAAUCUGCAUGGAGUUUUUUUCGUUGACCCCUGUAUAUUAGUUUCUUGCACUACUACCUAAUUAACAAUCAAGCUAAUUGGAUCUUUUCAUCCCUUUGACCCUCAGCUAAAGGCACUUUAAGUGAGGACACCAUCCGCACGUUCCUGCAGCAGAUCGCUCAGGCCAUGAAGAUCCUGCAGAGCAAAGGCAUCCUCCACAGGGACCUCAAACCCCAGAACAUCCUGCUCUGCCACCCUGAGGGGCGCAGGUCCAGUCCCACCAACACCUGCAUCAAGAUCGGUAAUGACUUCAACUCACUGGAGUCAUAUUUAUGGGUCAUUUUUAUUUUCAAUGCACAGACUCUUCUUUAUUUGGCCCUCACUGUGUGUUUCUCCCUCUCCAGCUGACUUUGGAUUUGCACGUCACCUCCAGACGAACACCAUGGCGGCCACACUCUGCGGCUCUCCCAUGUACAUGGUGAGCCUUCAUGUCUGUUUCUCUCCCUCCCUUCCUGUGGUUUCCUGAGCCAACAUGUCAGCCUGUUUCUGAGCUCUGUGUUUGUUCGGUCACAGGCUCCCGAGGUCAUCAUGUCCCAGACCUAUGAUGCUAAGGCUGACCUGUGGAGCAUAGGUACUAUCGUGUACCAGUGCCUGACUGGAAAAGCUCCCUUUCACGUGAGUGGUACUCAGAAGCACACACUCACACACUCACACACUCACUCACACACACACACACAAAAGCUGUGUAAUCUCUCUUCAGGUGGUUUGGAAAGUAGAUUUUAGAUUUUGAACCAGCCAAUUCUCACCAAGCCUUCUUACAUAACCACAAAUACUCAAAGUGAACAUGAUGCCUGUCGCAGCACAGCCAGACAAAGUGAUCCCAAAAGCGUCCAUCAAAUGCCUACCACCGCCGCCGGACUCUGCCUACUUUCCACUGCGGAUGGAAAAUGCCGGAACAGCCUGUCUCCUUGUUUGUAAAGAGUCUUGUUUACAGACGGUGGGCAUGUAGAAAUGGCUGACAGCCCCGCCGCUGAGCCCACAGUAAAUAUUGUUUCACAACCCGGGGUAUUACUUUCUUCUGUUCACGUGUCCGCUCACUGGAAACCUGAACUGUUAUUUGCACAUUUUCUCAGGUGUGAUUUCUGCAGAAACACCUGCUGACGUCGUGUCUCUUUGUUUUUGGCCUCAAACCCGCUCCCCUCUCUGUUUUAACGGCGGUUAUAAAAGACAAAAACAUUGUGUUAUUUGACCUUUUGACCCCGUUGAGGCUUUUUCUGUUACGGUUUCCUUGAAAGCGUUUUCCCAGUGAAGAGAGGAGGGAGGAGAGUUUCUAUUUUUGUCAGGCUGGUCACUGAGUUGAGAUGAGUCCAAGAGUCCACAUGAGGUUAGCCGCCGCCGCCGAUGAUGAUGACGAUGAUGAUGUUGUUGAUGUUUACAUAGCUGGCUUACCUGGAGUCUCCGCGGCUUCCACGUGUCGUUUCCUGGGAUCAUCAAACUCCCACCUGUUAGUUAUCUUUGGACUGAAUGUACUCAGUGUAAACUGGCACUUAAAUUUGUCAGCGUAUCGUCUAAUGUGUCGGUAGACCUUUCACUAUCUCCUGUUUAAAAACUCUGAAUGAAUCAUUUACUCUUUAAAAAAUAAUGUAUUUUGGGUUCAUUAAAUUUUUUAGAAAAAAAUCAAGUAUGACAAAAUAAAAGGAAAGAAAACAUUUCAAAAUAAAAGCCUGGGAUAGAGAAUAAAACUAUAGAUACAUGGAUAGAUGGACGGAUGAUAGGUGGAUGAAUAAAAGGAUUAAGGAUAGAUGAUGGAUGGAGGAUAAAUGGAAGAUAGACUGAUGGAUACAUAGAUGAAUGAUGGAUGGAUGAAUGAUAGAUGAACAGAUGAUCGAUGGAUUGAUGAAUAAAAGAACGGACAGAUGAUAGAUGAAUCUGUGGUUGAAUGGAUGAAUGAUGGAUGGAAUGAUGAUAGAUGGAUGGAUAAUAAAUGGGUGAUGGAUAAUGGUUCAAAAUUGGACAGAUGUGUGAAUUGAUGGAUGGAUGGAUGAUAGGUGGAUGAAUAAAAGGAUUGAGAACAGAUAAAUGAUAGUUGGAUGGAUGGAUGAUUUAUUGAUGGAUAUAUAGAUGAUUGAUGGUUGGAUGGGUGGAAUGAGGAUGGAUGGAUGAUGGUUCAAAGUUGGAUGGAUGGGUGGAUGGAUGGGUGGAUGGAUGGAUGGAUGGAUGGAUGGGUGGAUUAGUAGUUGUUCGAAAAGGUAAAUACAAACAUGUCUACUUUGCUGAACAAUAAUUAAUUGAUCAUGAAAAUUAAAAAUGUGAGUUAUUUUUGCUUCAUCUACAACCCUAACAUUAUUCCUUAUGUGUGUGUGUGUGUGUGUGUGUGUGUGUGUGUGUGUGUGUGUGUGUGUGUGUGUGUGUGUGUGUGUGUGUGUGUGUGUGUGUGUGUGUGUUCUUGUGUGUAUUCGUACAGGCCAGCACACCCCAGGAGCUCCGCUUCUUUUAUGAAAGCAACAGCACCCUCCUUCCAAGGUGAGCGCCCCCCUGAGGUAACCUGCGCACAUGUACGCUCCGUGUACUGAACACAAACAGCCGACACACUCAGGAGAAUAACAGGAAGGAUUAUAAAAAAAGCAAACAGCACAUGAAGAUCUGUCUCCUCUGCACACUGACUGACUGACUGACUGAUGAUUAACUGAAGGUUCAUUUACACUGUGCCCACUCGAUGUUUGGCGUGCACACUGAAGGUUUCCUGUUACACAGACGCCAUGAGAAGUCAAUGAUCCGCACACCUGUAACUUUCUCGAGAAGACACUCCAUCUUUGCUAUUUAAAGUCGUUUUGAAUCCUGGAUCCGUCACGUCUUGGACCCAGAUAGCACUGUUGUUUUCAUGCUGUAGUUAGCCGGCCUGCGUUGACUCGUGGUCAUGCUAAUCUUUGCGGCGAUAAAGCCAGAUGAUAACACAGGCCCCCUGUUUUUGUGUGAGCAGGCAUGGUCGGUUGUUUUCUUGUCAUUCUAUAUAUAACCUGCUCUGAGCUGCCAGCCAGCGGCCCGCACUGCUAUCAUUUUCCACAUGACCUAAAUAGCUCUGCACAGACGUAAACACACACACACAUCUACACACAGAGUCUGUACUGGCUAUGAAUGUCAUGAUGCCCUGAGGUUUUGUACUGUAGUCAUAAAUUGGAUUAAAAAUUCACAGCUCACUUUGAAUUUACGCAAUCGACCAUAAAUGUUGUUUGUGAAAAAGAAAUCACAUCCUUCAGCAAGAAAAUACGAACAGGGAAGGAGGAGACACUUUAAUGUCAACACACUGUAUAAAUCUAGAAUUUGCUUCUGUCCCAAGUUUUAUUUCUAUAUAGUUUCUAAAUAUAAGAUUUCUGUUGUAUUUCCUCAGCAUCCCAAAGGAGACUUCUAGCAGCCUCAGACACCUGCUGUUGGGCCUGCUGCAGAGAAACCACAAACAAAGGAUCAACUUUGGUAAACCUUCACAAACUCCCAUUGAAAAUCCCUCAACUUUAAUACUUUUUAAAAGCUUUCUCCUCACCUGUAAAUCCGUUUGCAUUUGCAGAUGAGUUUUUCCACCAUCCGUUCUUGGAGACCAGCUCAUCCACCAAGAAAUGUAGGCACUUUACCUUGAUCUUGUUUUGGACACUGUUUAAAAACCCUGUAUUUAAAUGAAAAUAGUGUAGAGACAACUUGUGAAAUGAUAAAACAGCAAAAGUUUGUCUUAUGAAAGAUCUGUGCUCAUUUUAAAUCUGUUAAAUUGUGGGUUUUAGAUGGUUGUCAUGAUUCUUUGAGGUUGUAGCUUUUUUUCAGUAAAAGUCGAGGUUUUCACUCAGGGGGGGGUGUUUUUUCCUGCACAGGCUCUCCUGUUCCCCUGAUCUCCUAUCCAAGUUCAGGUUCAGGAAGCUCCUCCAGCAGCUCCACCACUUCACAUCUGGCUUCCCCUCAAGUGCGUAUCGAUUCAUUCUACAGAAAGAAAAUCCACUUUCUCUUGCACACUUCUUGUGACUCUUAAACCGCUCCUUUGUUGCAGCAUUCCCACGGGGAGAUGCACCGCCUGCAGCCCAAAGCUCAGUACUCCCCUCCGCAGGACCCCCCGGUCUUCCUCAUAAGAGAACCAGCCAAUCAGCACAGCAGGAACACCUCGUCCUCCACAGAGGACUACGUCAUGGUUCCUGCACAGUUUCCCAGUAAGACAUCUUAACCUCACUCCAUCAAUAUUUCUCUAUACCAUCCAGAUUAUUUUACUCCUCACGGUCAGGAUACAUCUGACUGUUCCCAUUUCACUUUAUUUUUAGACGAGUACACGUGUGAUCUUGAAGUCGGGUCACCUGUUGAGAGUUGCCUCAUAUAUAGCGGGUGAGUCGUCUCUGCACGGGUGGAGAUCCUAAGAAUAGGAUUUCAGUGUAACAUGUUGCAAUCAUGAAAUAAGGUUCCUCCAUAAUCAUGAAUAAUGAGCUUUUUUCUUUAGUUUCUUUUCACCGACUGUUACAUGAGUGAUGAAAACCUUUAAAAUGAGCAGACAGAGCUGAUAAAUGUCUCUUUUAGGAGCUCACAGCUGGUAGAGAGAAGUCCUGGAUUUGCUGGAAAGACACCUCCGCCCUCACCCCGGCUACACUCUCCCCCCAAAUCUGUCAGGUAAUCACAGACUAGUCCCACUUUUGGUUUGUAGUUGAGAAAAUUCUCCAAAAUAAAUGAUUAACUUGAGUGUUGCAUAAACCGAACAGCAUGUACCGACAUGAAGGUUCAACAUGAGCAGCUGUGCUUUUACAGAGUUUGUUUUAAAGUCCCUCUCAGGUCUCUAACUCCUUCUGCUCUCUGUUUCAUCCGUGCAGUAAGCCUGUUGAAUUUAUCGGCCCAAACUGGAGCCAAGCAGUUCCCAUUCCUGUCCCGACUCAGAUCCAAAACUACCAGCGUAUCGCGCAGAACCUGCACCCUCCUGGUCUGCAUGGCUCCACCAGGUCAGAGCGGCUCCUCUGCUGUCUCCUCUCCUCACCCACGUCACCUCAAUGUUUUGUCUUUUUCCUUUUUCUGCACGUCUGACUCUGCCUCAUGUCAUUCAGGGUCACACUCUGCUGUGCCGACAGCAGCAGCAGCGAAAGCUCACCACAGUGUGGAGGCUGCGGCGCUCUAGGUCCACGAUCUGUCAGCUCCCCGAGACUGGCAUCCGGAGGUGCCAGACCACAGCAGUCCUCCCCUCCUGGUAGGCAGAGUCCUCAACUUUUGCAAAUUUUGGAAGCAGAUCUUGAUUUUUCAGCGCAGUUCUCCUGGACCGUUCACCGACUGAAAUAUGUCUCGUUUAGUGCAUGAAGCGUUAUGAUUACUUUCCUCUCUGUCUGACACGUUUACUGAACUCAAACAUCACUUCGAGAACACACCUGAGCUUACCUGUUUCAGUGCAAUCAUCUCUAAGUGAGUCGAACUACAUGAUCCUUCUCUGUUCUUCAGUGGGAAUGACCCCAAAGACCUCAGAGCAGAACCUUCCAGUCAGCACCAGAACCGGGCUGCUCACUAUCUCCCCUGACAAGCAGGUCAGUCCACAGAACAUUUACCUUUACCUUUACAGACUGAAGAACUACACUCAGCUGUUUACAUGUGAGCCGUUAAAUUCAGUUUUUUAAUUUCUCUGUUAUUUCUGGUUCAGUCGAGGAUGCCAAACCGAACACGGACAGUCCCCGACCUUCAGUCCCUCGCCUCUUCUCCUUCCUCCCAGAACAACUUCAGCAGGAAGUCAGCCAAUAAAAAGGGCCCGUUUAAAAGGUGAGAACAGCACCGUUUUCUUCUGGUUUCAUUUCAUGAAGGUGGAAUUAAACGUCAGAGAUCAACGUCUAAUCAAGACUGUUUGAUUAAUGCAUUAACCUGCCAUCUGCAGCCAGCAUGCAGACAUGAAUGAUUAACUGCUCCUGUCGGUGCGGGUGUCUGUAUUAAAUGUCCAGGUCGCUGAGCACAGGCAGGUUGUCUGACAUGCUGCUGAAGGCGGCCUUCGGAGCUCACCUUUUCGGAGAGGGAAGUGACGAGAGCCUCAACAGUGAGAAAAGCAUGGAUAUAACAGGUAAACGAGGCUGAGGUGUAAAAGUUAGAUCAUGAUUUAUACCAAGACUGUGUCUUUGUGUCUCAUAUUAGAGCGUUUUUCACCUGUUUGAAACAGAGGAACUAUAUUAAAGCACUCCUCAGCUGACUUGACCUCUUCUUAUUUACUCUCACAGCACCACCUGCUGGUUACCCCAGAGGAUUUCAGUUCACCGACAGCCCACCUCCUGCUGUCUUCACCAUGGGCUCUCCCUCUAAAGGAAACACUCCCCCUGAUACUUCAGCUUUGAAAAUGUUUUCAGGUAAGUUUAUAAGACUUUAGAAACCUCAUGUUUACAAACGACCUUGAUGGAGAGAUGUGAAUGAAGAAUAAAUGGAAUUUAACAGCAGAAGAGGGAAAAAAAAUCAUGAUUCACACCAAAUAUAAAAUAGAAGACAAAUAUUAAAGGAUGAUAAAAGAUCCUAGAAAUGGAAAAAAAGACAACGGCACAUCAGAGUAAUAAAAGAGAUAGUGGUGCUGAUAAAUACAAACCUACACAGGUCAUCAGUUUCUCACGCUGAUUUGCCAUGUUUCUGUUGUCUUCAAUUCAGGCUCCCCCACUUACAUGAACUCAGCCUGGCUGCUCAACAGUCGUCUUCUUCAGGGAGGAGGAAGCCACAGAAACAGCGAGAGUGAAGCCAUGGAUGCGACUCCACACAGCAGCCUGGUCUUCAAUCCUCCUGAGCUCCCUGAAGACACGCUGAUGGAGGUACAAACAAACACGAUCAUGACAUUACAGACACAGCGAAGAGAAAACAGACGAAUUCUGAGUCCAGGUUCUGUCUCUUCACAGCAGCCUCAUACGGACACUCUGAGUGAACUACGCUUCAUUUUGGCUUUCGUCCACUGCGUCAUGGAGUUGGCGGCUUCUAAGGAACUGGGCUCGGACACCAUCAGCAGUCCUGAUGUUUCCUUUUUGGAGCAGAGCUUGGUGACGGACCAGAUCAGCCUUCUGAGCAAAGAGUGGAGGUGAGAGGCAUGAAAGGUUAAACUGAUCUAGAACAAACACAAAGUACUAAAGUAUAAGAUUAUCAAACUAUCAUAAUACUGACUCCACUGUUUUUAUGUGUUCUGCAGCUAUGCAGAGCAGUUAGUGCUCUACAUGAAGGCUGAAGAGUUUCUGUCAGCGGCGCUGCACGCGGCUAAAGACAAUAUCAAACAGGGACAACUCCUUCCCUCUGCAACAGUCAAACAAGGUGAGAAUCCUGACCCUCAGUUCUAAAAAACUGCUGAAAUUGUUCUGAUUUGAGUCUCUCGGGUAUAACGAGACAUUUAACCCUUCAGGGAUCUCUGCUGCUCAAGUCUAAAUGUGGAUCUGUGUGUUAUUGUCUUUUUAAUACUCGGAUGCCUCUUUGCAGUGAUCAGGAAGCUGAAUGAAUUAUACAAGAGCUGUGUCACAUACUGUCGCUCCCUCAACCAUCGACUGCAGACCUUCCUGCUCGACAAACAGAAGCUGAUGGAGCGCUUUAAUGGACUCACAGCAGAGAAACUCAUCUACAGCCACACUGUGCACAUGGUGAGUUCACAACCCAGCAGGAGAUGCUCUGAGUCAUCUACCCAGCAUGCAUCAUUAUUUUAAUAGAUGUGCACUACAACUUUAAUGUGCUUUUAUGGAUUCAGGUACAGUCUGCUGCCUUGGAUGAGAUGUUCCACUAUGGAGCUGCGUCAGUCCAGCGCUACCACAAAGCCCUCUUGCUGAUGGAGGGUCUGUCUCGAAUCAUUACAGAGCAGAAAGACAUCGACAGUGUUGAUAAAUGUAAGCAGAGAAACCAAACAUCACACAUUCAUGCAUUUCCUGAGUCAUCUUUUCAAUCCUGAAACUCUCCCUCCCUCUGUUGUUCCCAGGUAAGCAGUGUAUUGAGCGACGCCUUUCUGCUCUGCAGUCUUAACAGCAUCCGUGACUGCGUCCAAAACAACUGCAUCCUCUUUCCUCAUCCAUCUCUCCUCGAUGUUGAUGGACUCUCCUAAACUGUUAAUACACACAAGCACUUUGAACCGUCUUAAGGAAAAUGACCAGAAGAGCGUCUGCUCUGAUCACCCCAGCCAGUCUCUAAUUUUUACAUAAAUGCACAGAAAAGACUGGAGGACAUUUUUGGAAAUGUAGAUAGUGUUUAGAUUGUCUGAAUACCUGAUUUAGGUUGUUUGUUUUCAUUACUUGUGUUUUUACAGACUGUAGCAUAGAGUGUUUGUGUUUGCAGAUAGGAUAAUCAGGUUAAAAAUUGCUGAUAUUUUAUGGGUUUUACUUGAAAUAAGAAUAAUUUUGUUGUGAAGCACAUGUGAUAUCAUGUGAUAUGUGUUGGGUUAAAGUUCAUGAGCCAACAGGAGACACAAUGUUUUGGAUAAGGUGACCAAAUACUGCAACUGUAUAGAGGUAAUGGUACGGCUGUGCCUGCUUUUUAAAACUGUUUAUCUGAACGAAUUAGUGGAUUUAAAGGUAAUAAAAGUUGAAGUUACCAAGUAGAGAUACACUGUCUUACACCAUAACUGUUAAUUAAUAGACUUUGACAUUUGGAUGUGAUCUUAGUUUCAGUGAAGCUGAUCCGUCAGAGUCCACAGUCUGAGUGGACUCGGUCAGAACAUGCUUUACCUGCAAGUCAAGUUGCUCAUGUUUCUCAACUGUUUUGUGUUCAUCAACAGAUUGUUUGUAAUGUUGUAGCAGUGUGGUGUCAUGGCAAGAGAUAGUUUUAGUUUUUAAAUGAAUUUGCACAUGAUUUCUGCCUGAUAGUUCACUCUUUCAUUAGAUUUGCACAUAGAAAUUUUGCAUACGUUUUGGAGUGUGAGCGAAACUUUGAGAGAAUUACGAUUUGCCUUUUUUUCUACUGAUGUUUUGUGAAUGCCUGUAAAAACUGUUCAAAUGAGUUGUUACACACUGAUGAAAAUAAAUAUUUAUUGUUUAAA